UGGAAAAGACAAAUAUGGAUCUCAUGAGUGAUAAAAUUAAUUUAAUAACAAAUGAAAACAAUAUCAAAGAACUUGAUCUCUAUUUUGAGAGAAAACCUAGUUUUUGGUGUAAAUGUCUAAAACGAUUGGCCACACCUGAGAUAUUUUUGAUCAACUUUUCGAUUGUGUCCAUAAUUCAGGGAUCAAUAUUUACAUAUAUGAUCGGAUCGUUGAGUACAUUGGAAAAGAGAUACUCAUUUGACAGCAAAGUUUCCGGUUUUAUAUUAAUUGCCGACCAUUUAAGUCAAAUAAUCCUCAGUCCGCUAGUAGGCUAUCUCGGCAACAAAUAUAACAGACCGCGCAUUAUGGCCAUCGGCCAAAUGAUUGCAGGGGUCAGUUGUUUUUUGUUUGCCGCUCCUUAUUUCAUAUAUGGAUCAGUUGAACAUCAAUUGAUAUCAAAUAUUAGACAACUGUCCAACUUUUCCACAUACGAGUUAUGCCAGACAUAUCAACUGGACGACGACUGCCAUUCAAAUACCGUUUGGUCGGCAGUCGUCAUCUUUUUGAUGGCCAGUUUUCUCAACGGCAUCGGAUGUAUUGCUUACUACGCGAUUGGCAUACCCUAUAUCGAUGACAAUACCAGUAAAAUAAAUUCACCAAUUUUUCUGAGUGCCUGUUCCGCAGUCAGACUGUUAGGUCCAGCCGUGGGUUUACUACUUUCGGCUCACUUUCUCGAACAAAAUGAAAAUCCCGAUAUUAAAGUGGACAUACCUAUGAAUGAUCCCCGAUGGAUAGGGUGCUGGUGGAUGGGUUUCAUUAUAAUUGGCAUAUUUUUGGUUAUUUUUUCAAUACCAUUAACCCUUUUUCCGACACAGAUGUCCGAUAAGGGCAACAAACCCAAGGAUCCAAAACAGCUAAAAAGUUUUGAAACAAUUAGUACAGUAACUGAUAUUUGUCUGAAACUUAAGCGCUUACUAACAAACCCAAUAUAUGUAUUUCACGUGUUGGCCAUCAUAUUCAAACUGUUUGGUUAUUUAGGUUAUUACAUAUUUAAGCCAAAAUACAUUGAAUCCCAGUUCCGUAAGUCUGCAUCGGACGCCAACUUUUGGACAGGUGUUAUAGUUAUACCAACAAUGGUCAUUGGGAUGAUCAGCUCCGGUAUCAUUAUAUCGAGAUUCAGGCCUCGAGCCCGAACUAUAGCACUCUAUUUAUUCAUAGCACAGGCAGUGAUAGCCAUAUCAGUGCUAUACUGCCGUACCUUACAGUGUCCACCACUUAUAUUCCCACAAACACAGCUCAUCGAUGAUAAUUACCACAUGACCAGCACCUGUAACACUAACUGUCAUUGUACUACCAAAUCCUUUCAACCGGUUUGUUCAUCAAAUGGUAAAUACAAUUAUUUUAGUCCCUGUUUUGCCGGCUGUACUGAACAAUUGCCAUCCGAUAAAUCCAACAAAAAAACAUUUGCUAAUUGCAAAUGUGAUCAGUUUGGUUACGGACAAGUAAGCGAUGGUUACUGUCCAACUGAUUGCAAUCAAUUUACAUCAUAUGUCACAGUGUUUGCUAUCGUCGGUAUUAUAGCUUCGACCGCAAAAACUAGCGAUACAUUACUAGCAUUAAGAUGUGUGGAUCCUGAAGACAAAAACUUUGCUAUUGGACUUAGCGGUGCUUUUGUGGCUAUUUUCGCAUUUAUUCCGUAUCCUAUAGUUUUUGGUGCCAUAACAGACAGCGCCUGCAAGAUAUGGAAACACACGUGCGGUAAAACCGGGAACUGUUGGCUCUAUGACAUCGAAAAGUUGACCAAUCAUUUGCAUUACACAUCAUUUGGGUUUAUGUUUGUCGGCGUUGUCUGUCAUCUGAUGGUUGUCUUAUAUGCCGAUCGUAUAACUAAUAUGUUUGAAGAGGACGACAAUGAGAACCAGCCGUGCGAUUCAUCUACCGAUGCUCUUAUUGAGUAUAAAAAUGAUGAUCACAUUGAAUAGUUUAAUCAAUUUUGUUGUUAUAAUAAUAAAUUUAUGUUUUUAGUU